AUGUCCACCAAAGCGGUGGAAACCCUACAGAAGCCGAACGCACCAAAUUCCUCAGCAAAAGCAAUGCCGGUCCACAGCGAAGAGAUCCAGGCAGAAUGGGAAGAUGAAGACGAGAAAGAGGUUUUCCACACCGGGAGAUAUACCAUCAGCAUGUUGUUUUGGCCUAUGCUUCCUGUGUUCCUGGCUACCAUGGGCAUUUGUGGCUUUUGGGUUGUAUUUGCUAUGGCAGUUUCAAAUGGCUCUGUCAAUAUUACCGAAACCUUUCCAUAUAUCAGCACGUGUGGUGCUUACCCACCCCAGAGUUGCGUGUUUGGACAAAUUCUUAAUCUAGGAGCCUUUUUAGGUAUGGUGGUGUGCUUUAUAAAGUACAUACAAGUCCGAGAUUAUGGCUAUCGCUCCCGUCUGAAUCUAUUUGGACUUAUUUUAGGUCUACUUUGUGCCUUUGGUGCAACAUUAGUGGGGAAUUUCCAGCAAUAUAACGAACUGGAAGUCCACGUUACCGGCGCCUUCUUGGCUUUUGUGAUUGGCAACCUUUAUUUCUGGGUCCAAACCAUUCUGACCAAGAAAGUGAGACCAAGACAUGGAGGAACCUGGAUUGGACCACUCCGCUUCUUUCUUAGCCUUUGUGGUUCCAUUUUGUUUAUUUCCACGGUUGUUCUUUUUUACCUGCAACUGCAUUCGGAGGCAGCCUACUGCGAAUGGGCCUUGGCCAUGGACCUCUUCCUGCUGUUUGGCCUUUUUGCGGUGGAUUUCCGACACAUCGGCGGCUGCUCAAUCCAUAUAUUGCCCCGCUAUGCAGAGGAUGAUUUCCCGAAUGUGCAGAUCUCAGUUCAAACUCUUUCACUCUGAUUCUUUUCGUUCCACAGAAGAAAAUGGCGUCUUGUCCAUGCACCAGGCCUGAUAUUUUUGGUGAAAAACACUGUAUCAAGUCCUCAGCGUUUAUUUGGCUGUGAGGGAAAGAGAACCCAAAACAUUGCCUGACUUAUUAUUUUCUCAUUUGAAAAGUCUUCUUAUUUUUGGAUCCAUAUAAUUCUGUAGUAGAGGAGAAGUAUCCUAGGUGUCCUUUAUAAGGAUUCAGUCUUUUUUUUUUUUUCCUGUCAGGGAAGUUAGCCCCAGUGUUUUUCAUGGGAAGAUCUACUUGUCAUCUCCUGUAUUUGUUCUUUUGGUUUUUUUUAAAUAGAUUUUUAAAAAUCUAUUUAAUUUUCUGCUAGUAACUUCUCAAUUGGCCAGCUCACCUGCCCAAAUCAGCUUGAUGGAAGAAUUUGUUACAAAUUGAAAAGUGAUGAAGCCUUUUUUUUUUCCUCCUAGGAGGAAAAAAAUUGAUUGAUUCCUUAGUAUAGAUAAAAAUGAAUAUUUUUCCUCUUCUUCCAUCAUUGUCAGCAGACAUGGAUGAGAACAAAUGAAGAAAGCAGCCAAAAUACUGUACAUUUUGCAGAGUAGAUCUUGUUACUUCAAAGCUGGCUAAACUAAGUGUACUUAUAUUCUAAAAGCAGUUUAAACAGUUAAAAUCUACAGAAUAGUUAUAUCUACAUAUGCAUGAAUUGUUUCUUUCAGACAUGCAAGAUGAUACUAUCCAGUUUCUUAAAAUACCCAACUUCUUAAAAUGUGUAUAUCUGUGUAUACACUAGAUUUAUAUUGAUCAGAGUGAAUCCAGUUUCUUUACAUCUCCUAGAAGUUAACACUUUGGGUGUCCUUCCUCUGAUCAAAAAGGAACUUGCUUUUCCUAAUAUUUAAUGAAGUUGAAUUAUCCCAUUAGAAGGCCAGAUCUGAAAAUCCAAAGCUUCCCUCUUCCUUUUAUGUUUUCUUAAAACUUUGCCUAAAUUAUACUCUACCACAAGGGGGACAAAUGUUUCUAUCUUUUUCCCUGACAACUUUUAUUUUAAUUGCUGUAUUUACAGUAUAAUAACUUUU